AUGGCCGCGAGCGGGAAUCUAGAGGCCACCAUAACGAAAUCACAUGGUGGCAGAGGGGUUUCUUGGCAUGAGAGGGAGACCUUAGAUUUGCUUGCAAUAUGGGGGGAGGAGAAGACCCAGGAAUCCCUGUGCGCCUCCCAUCGAAACAUCGAUGUUUUCGAGAGGAUUGCUCGGCAGAUGGCGGCGAUGGGUCAUCGAAGGACCGCCGUAGAGUGCCGAACCAAAACCAAGGCCAUGAGUCACAAGUACAAGCGGGUGGUGGCGCACAAAGGUCGCUUCGGCAAUGAUCCUGCCACCUGCGCGUUCUACCCCGAGCGACACAGAAUCCUGAGUGGCGAUGCCAGUGUCGUCCCUAGAAGGAUCGCUCAAAGUCUACGGGUUCGCUGGAUUGUAGGAGAACUGUUGCAGUCAGGGCCGGUUUGGAGCGAGCGCAGCCCUGCCUUGGUUUCCGGCGCCGCCCCUUGGCCUCCUUCUCGAGGAGCCUCGUUGCGGGUAUCAGCGGGUCGGUCGCCGACGCCGUAUUAUGUGGAAGCGGAGCGGACGCCCCGUACUCGCUGCUUCCAGGACACCAGCAGCACCUCUUCUAUGAUUUUAUCAGAGAACAGUAUUAGCAUUUUAGAGGUAGCAUGUUUGAUCAGAGAAUGUUCUUGUACCAAUUUCUGCUUCGUAAUAACUUUCUAUAACUUCUCUUGGUUUCUUCCAGGCUCCAGUAGCAUCAACAUUUUCACUGCUGGCUUGAAGAAGUAUGCACUUCCCCCAGAUUAUUCUGGCAUUACCAUUCCUCCAAAACCCAAACUAAAGUUCAUAGAGAGAGCCCCAAGUGUACCCAAAGUUAGGCGUGAGUUCAAGAAUUUACGUGACAUCCGUGGUCCAUCUUUAGAAGCCACAGAAUUCACUGAAGGACAGUAUGGUAUUCUGGCUAUGGGUGGUGGCUACCUCCGUUGGGGUCACUUUGAAAUGAUACGCUUGACUAUCAACCGGCACAUCAAUCCCAAGACAAUGUUUGCUGUUUGGAAGGUGCCUGCCCCAUACAAGCCCAUCACCCGCAAAGGGCUAGGACAGCGGAUGGGUGGUGGUAAAGGUGCAAUUGACCAUUAUGUGACAGCGGUGAAGGCGGGCCGUCUCAUAAUAGAAAUGGGCGGAUAUGUUGAAUUUGGUGAGGUAGAGCGCUUCCUAACUCAAGUGGCCAAAAAGCUACCUUUCCCAGCCAUAGCAGUCAGCCGGCAGUCCUUGCAGGAGAUGCGGGACAAGGAAGAAGAGAGGAGGCAAAACAACCAGAAUCCAUGGACUUUUGAGCGCAUUAUCACAUCCAAUAUGCUAGGGAUGAGAAAAUACCUGAGCCCCUAUGAUUUGCAACUAAAGGGCCGCUAUUGGGGAAAGUUUUUUCUACCAGAUAGAGUAUAAAAAGGUAGAGAUGAAAUGAGGGGAUCUUUUACUGUGAUACCAACAGA